CAGUACAGUCUCCAUUUAGUUGGAAACGGAUCCCCGCCUCAUCUCUCGACAUCACUUGGCCACGCUGGUGGCCCGACAUACCGGCAAGAAGGAGGCAUUCACUAACCCCCACGCCUGGCGACCUACAUCUCCCGAAGCCAUUCUCGGUCACACCUACCUCUUCCCAAGGUCCAUGUUCACCAUGAACCGUCCGGCUUUGCAGCUGCAGGAUCUUCAGGUCCUGCAGAAGCAGCAUGUCCAGCAGAUGCAAGAGGGGUUGCAACAGCAGCAACAACAACAACAACAGCAGCAGCAGCAGCAGCGGCGGCGGCAGCAGCAGGACGGCGGGCUCCCUCGUGGAGGAGCGGAGCCGACUCCCGGCCACGGCGGCGAGCGCGGGCUUCGAGACUUCAACUACAACGGCCGAGUCCGCAACAGCGAUCGAACCAGCGACAGAGCCAGCUCGGGCGUCCUUGGCCAGCACCAUCCUCACCGCAGCUCGUUCUCCAUCUACUCGAACUAUUCAUCAUAUUCAUCCUCAUCAGACGGAGCAGGUGGUGGCCAGGAGCGAGAAGGAGGAGGAGCAGGAGCACGAGCAGGGGGCGUCGGUGGUAGCGGUGGUGUCGGCGGUGGUGACAGCAGAGGCGUCGGACGGGGGAUACCACCACCAAGGCCGCCACGGUCGCCGCCGCCACCAUUGCCACCACCGUUCCCGCAUAUCGAACAACCGCGGCGGCAGCCCGAUAUGGAAGUGCCGCCGGCGCCCGGCACCGCGGACACGGUGAACACGGCCGGCACUGAGGCCACGGCCGUCGCCGGCACCGAAUCGGUGCGGCAAGUGCGGCAGCCGCCGCCGACGUACGGUAUGCAGCCUCAGGACCCUUACAACCGCGUGCGGUUCGCCGACGAGGAACGCCGUCGUCGUCAUCGUCAAGAGGAGGCGAGCAGGGCGCGCUCUCCGCAGGAGAUCGACAUGGCGCAGAUCACGGGCGGACGAAGCAUGCGUGCCCUUUCGGUGUUUGCGUGCUGUGCGUUCUUUUGGUAUCGAUGUCUGAUGGACGAGGACUUCUGAUGAGGGCUGCCGACGACCGAGCCCUCUCUCACUCGUCAGGAUCACUUUGUCUUUUCUUUCUUCUUUUUCUUUCUCCUCCUUGUUUUCUUUUCUUUUCUUUUGUCGAUCCGUCCGUGGCCUUGACUUGAGCAUCACACCAGAAGUAUCUCUACUUGGCCGUUCUCGCUCGGCACGCUCGAAUGGCUAUCGACGCCGGUCUCGGGAGCUUGACGUCGGCUCUCUAUUCAUUCC